UUCGGAAACCCUAGGCAAGUGACAAGCGGAGGGUCGCGUUACAAAAGAUAGGACACCAUGAAGCAAUACGGAAAGCUAGCUCUGCUGGCUGUUAUCUGCCUUGCGCAAUGGGUAUCUGGUGAAAAUGGCUUUAAGACGGACGAUGCGAGAUUGGUCCGGUUUGAUUUGAAUCUGACUUGGGAGGAUUAUAACGGUGCUGGGUUUACGAGAAAGGCGAUCCUGAGCAAUGGUCAAUUACCGGCGCCGACAUUGCGAUUGCGACAGGGAGAUGAUGUCGAGUUUGUAGUUAAGAACCAGAUGCCGUUCUCGACUACGGUUCAUUUUCAUGGUAUCGAGCAGAAAGGCACGCCAUGGUCCGAUGGUGUACCAGGUCUUUCCCAGCUACCAAUUGAACCCGGUGACCAAUUCAUCUACAAAUGGAAGGCAACCCAGUACGGCAGCUACAUCUACCAUGCGCACCGAAGAGGUCAAAUCGACGAUGGCCUGUACGGAGCCAUCCACAUCCUGGCAGACCACUCAGUGGAGAGGCCAUUUGGCAAAAUCACAAAGGACCCGGUUGAGCUUUUGCAAAUGCAUGAAGCAGAGAAGAAUUCGCAGCCAAUCUUGUUUUCGGACUGGCGUCGCUUGACGUCUGAAGAGACAUACCGCACUGAACAGAUUACCGGACUGGAUGGAUUUUGUACCAACAUUAUCUUGAUCAACGGCAAGGGCUCUCAAUACUGUUUGCCCCGGGAACAGCUUAAUGCGUUGACGUCGGCUGCGCAAAAGAUGUUACUUAGGGAUAACACUGUGACGGAUACCGGAUGCAUGCCUCCAAUUGGGAUCCUUGAAGGCCACUUCUGGCGCAACACCAGUGCAAUGCCUAAGAGCUUCUACUCUGGUUGCCAGCCAACUCAGGGCCCGACGGAAGUUAUCAAGGUUAACCCAGCAGCACGUUGGGUGAGCUUCGAUCUAAUGACAUCCGCUGGCGUCUCGACACCCACGGUCUCCAUCGAUGAGCACAGUAUGUACGUCUACGCGAUUGACGGCCGGUACAUCGAGCCCAUGAAAGUCAAUGGAAUCACGAUCAGCAACGGCGGACGCUACUCUAUUUUUGUCCGGCUUGACCAGCCAGCAGGCGACUAUACGAUCCGCGCCCCGAACACGGGAAUCAACCAGAUCAUCAACGCGACAGCCACUCUGUCCUACGACACGUUACUCAAAACCCAGACAAAUCCCUCCAGGCCCUGGGUCAAUGAAGUCGGCAGCAACACAACCGCUUCCGCCAUCCUCUUCGACGAAACAAAAGUCAUCCCCUUCCCCAUCCUCACACCCGCCCUCUCUGUCGAUAACACCUACAAACUAACCGUCGACCACUUCAACGCCUCCUACCGCUGGACCCUCGGUAACACCUCCUUCUCCAUGUCCUUUGAAGACGCAACCCCCCUCCUCUUCAACACAACCUCCAUCCCCACAGACCUAACAAUCACAACCCGCAACGGCUCCUGGGUCGACCUAAUCAUGGUUGUCAAGUCUCCCGUCCAACCACCCCACCCCAUGCACAAACACUCCAACAAAUUCUUCGUCAUCGGCCAGGGUAACGGCGAUUUUAACUACUCUUCCGUAGACGAGGCGAUGCAGCAUAUCCCCGAGAGUUUCAAUUUCAAGACUCCGCAGCUUAGGGAUACAUUUAAUACGCCUGCGGUGGAGUCGGGGCCGACAUGGUUGGCGAUUAGAUACCAGGUUGUUAAUCCGGGGCCAUUCCUUUUACAUUGUCAUUUGCAGGUGCAUUUGAGUGGGGGGAUGGCGAUUGCGUUGUUGGAUGGGGUUGAUAAGUGGCCAGUUGUGCCAGAGGGGUAUCGAUUACCGGUUUUGGAGGAUUAGAUGUCGUUCAUCGGUGUUUUGUAGAGGAUACAAUUGUACGAGUGUUUAUGUAUAUCUAUAUAAUGCUAAUAAUUUC